AUGCACUUCGCUCCUCUCAUCUCCCUUACUCUUCUCGCCCUUAGUGGAGCAGAGGCUCAGCGACGAGUGAAAGCCAGGCUGUUUCAAUGUGACCCCGACAUUGUGGGUGUAGCGACAAAACCUUAUUGCUGCAAAACCAAAGUAUUAAGCAUUGCUAGAAGCGACGUAAAAGAUGUUACUAAAGGCAGUGAAUGUAUCAUCCCUGGGGACACUGGAAGUUCUGCAAGGUGCAGUGGCGGAAUAUCUCAACGGACACCCAGGUGCUGUGAAGCCUUUGUCGAAGACAAUGGUGUUUGUCAUAAUCCAUCCCGCGUGGUGGUCACUUAG